AUGGACGUUCAUAAACAACAACUUAAUGAUACAAGAACCAGCCGCCGUACUGAAGUAAUUACUGAAGUUGAUGGACGUUUAGUUAAAGAGUUUGAAGAUAAAUUACAAUCUGAACUACAAACACUACGACAACAAGCUGAAGAAGAUGUUAAACGAAACAAAAAGGAAAUUUCUGAUUUAUUUGAUAGCAAGUUUCAAAAUUUGGAAAAUGAAUUACAACGCAAGAAAAAAGCUCUGGAAGCAGCACAAGAAGAUAUCAAUGCGGGCAAUGCACGUAUUAAUGAAUUAACCCAACAAAUCAAUGAUUUGUUGUCCUCUAAUAAUGAUUAUUUGAGGAAAAUUACUGAUUUAGAGCGAUCCAAAGACCUUCAAAGAACUAAAUAUAUGUCUGAAAUUCAAGCACUAGAUCAACAAUUAACAGCUAUGCAAGAUGAUAUGUCGCUAAAAGUACAAGAAUAUCAAGACUUAAUGGAUAUAAAAGUUGCACUGGAUAUGGAAAUCAGUGCUUAUCGAAAAUUAUUAGAGAGUGAAGAAAGAAGGUUAAGCAUUACUCCAAAUACGUCAGUUGUUGGCAGUCCAAGAGGCAAAAAAAGAAAAUUGUUUCAACGUGAUGAAACAGAAUAUGAAUUUUCUAAUGUUAUCACAGCUUCAUCAACUGGAGAUAUUGAAAUUUGUGAAGUAUGCCCUGAUGGACAGUUUGUUAAGUUAUACAACAAAGGAUCAAAGGAAUUUGCAUUGAGUGGAUAUGAAUUAGUGCGCACUACUGCUGAACAAAAUGUUUCUACUGUAUUCAAGUUUCAUCGUUCGGUAAAACUAGGAGCUGGUAAUUGGUUAACCGUAUGGUCUUCUACUGCCAGUAAUCAAAUACACGAACCUAGUGCUGGAUCUAUUGUUAUGAAUAUUCAAGCUUGGGUUGUUGGUGAUCUUAUGGCUACAAUACUUUUGAAUCCUGAGGGACAGGAAGUAGCAACUCAUGAACUUAAAAAAGGACAGGUUUCUCAUUCACGAGCCAAUGAAGGAUAUGGUGAUUAUGAAACAGAAUUGUUCCAUCAACCAGGCGAUCCUCAAACUAACGACAAAUGUGUUAUAAUGUGAAGGUAUUUACUCAAUAUUUUAGUAAUAAGAACGAUCCAAAAAUAUAAAUAUUAAAUGAACACUUGUAGUUAAUCAGAGUUUAUCACGUGUUAAUUAUUGAUUUUUAAUUGUCAUUAAUUUUUUUUUAAAGGCGCGAAUUUUUUUUACUAAUAUUUAUUAUUAUUUUACUUACUUUUAUUUUUAUUGUUUUUUUUUUGUAUUUUGCUUUAUUCACUAUUAAAUGAUCUAUACAACAUCUAAAAUACAUAUUUUACAAAGUUACUUAUUAAA